AUGUCUGAAUAAAAAGUAAUUUCUAUCUUUGAUUUUGGAAAAACCAGGAAUAAAUUUUGGUAAACAUGUGAUAAAUCUGUAUUGGAUUCUCAAACAUUUUUAGUUGAAUAAGAAUUUUUGACUGCAGGCAAAGUUAGUGUCAAACCCAUCUUCAUAGUACUUGGAUUGGAAUACAUUUAUAAAGUAACUGUCGACAAAUUGUAAUGUGCACCUCUCCUCACUACUCAUUUGACAUACAUUGAACCAGGAGCUGAUCAUUUCGUUUAAUUGAAUUCUGAUGAGCAACUGUAUGGAUUUAGAUUGCAAAACUAAACCAAGACAUUAGAGAUCUUUCUAGCUGAUAAGUCUGUUUAUGAUUAAUGGAGAAUCCAUCUUCGAAAAAUAUGUCUGCUUGAGAAUUUCCAUGAUGCUUACAUGGUCUCUAAAUUGAUUGGAAAAGGAAGUUUUGCCAAAGUAUACCUUGCCACCAGAAAAGACAACAACACUUAAUAUGCUAUCAAGGCAUUUAGCAAAUCUUUUAUGCAACAAUAACACAAAGGAAUUGAAAGUCUCUUGAAUGAAAUGAAAGUGAUGAGGAAAUUAAACCACCCUAAUAUUGUCAAAUUGCAUGAAGUACACGAAACAGCUAAUUCUGUUUAUUUUGUGGUCGAUAUUGUGGCAGGAGGAGAGCUCCUCUAAAGAGUUAGAGAAACAGGUUUUUUACCUGCUGAAACAUUAUAAAGAUUAGCCUACAACCUAUUAUCAGCUUUAAAUCAUAUGCAUCAAUUUAAUAUUGCGCAUAGAGAUCUUAAACCUGAAAACCUUCUACUUAAAUCUUAUGAAAACAAUCAUGAAAUAAUCUUAGCAGAUUUUGGAUUGGCAGCAUUGUUGUAGGAUGACAAUAUUUUAUUUAAAAGAUGUGGUACUCCUGGAUUUGUAGCUCCAGAAAUUCUAGAAUAUAUUGAUGGCUAAUAAUUUUACGAUGAAAAAUGUGAUGUUUUUAGUGCUGGAAUUAUUUUGUAUCUAUUAAUUACUGGAGGGUAGCCAUUCACAGGUAAAGAUUAAAAAGCCAUUUUGAAGGCAAAUAAGGAUUGUAUCAUUGAUUUUGAUGAUUCCUUAUUUAAAUCCGCUCCUAUACAAAUGUAAGAUUUGAUACGAUCCAUGUUGCUAAAGAAAGCUUAGGAUAGAUUGAGUUCGAGUGAGUGUUUAAGACAUCCUUAUUUUAAAGAAUUAGCAAAAGAGCAUUAAGUAAAAUAGGAGAAAUUUUCAAAUAAUUUAAAUGACUACAAUUAGUAAUAUAAGAAUAAUGUGAAAAUGGGUUCAAUUGAUCUGAAUCUAGAAUAAAGAUAGCCAGCAUUCACAGGAAAUUUGAAUUCGAUUGAAUCCAUAUCUUGUGUUUCUAAUAAUUCAUUUGCCAAAAUAGAAAUGAAAGCUCCUUCUGUGGUGGGAGCUUCUAAAUUUAGUUAAUAUAGCUCUAAACUAAAUAGAUUGGGAUCUAGAGAUAUAUCUGACAUCCCAACAACCUAAUUAUAGAAAACAGAAUCAAAGAAACAUAUUGAUUUACAUAGGAUUGCUAUACAAAAUUCACACAGAAAAUAGUUUUAAGAUUAAUUUGAGGAUCAGCCUAUUUAAAUAGAAGGAUCGGAAGUCAGCGAAAUGGCAAGAUUGUACAAUUCAACAAGAUAAAUUCGAAUCCCUGAAAACUUGCCAACCUUGUCUUAAUCUAGUAAAUAAGCAUCUACUCCAACUAAUAGAAACAAGAAGAUUCCUUGA